CGCAGAUCCUAUGUGAAAGGUUAAAGUUCAGCUCAGCUGCUCUCACCCACGUGUUCCGUGUUUCUGGGUGACUGUUUACUUUUUUACGUUCGAUCUUACAGUCUGUAACGGCUCGAGUCAUGCGAAUGCUGAAGCAGUUGCAGAAAAUCUGCUGGGCAUGUCAGAACACUCCUUAUUUAAGAGGCACGGCGCUACAAGGAAUUCCGUACUACAUUGGAAGGAAACUCUGCACAGAAUGGAGCAAGAGCCAAGGAGAUCAAUGCCAAAGUUUACCAAUGCUAAAACACCUUGUAUCCAAGAUAAAGUCUACAGGACCCAUCUCGGUAGCAGAGUACAUGAGAGAGGUUCUGACAAACCCUGUCUCGGGAUAUUAUAUAAAAAACAACAUGCUUGGAGCAAAAGGGGACUUCAUUACAUCUCCAGAAAUAAGCCAGAUGUUCGGUGAGAUGCUUGGAAUUUGGUGUGUAAGUGAGUGGAUGGCAGCUGGAAAACCAGAAGUAUUUCAGAUAGUGGAAUUUGGUCCUGGGAGUGGAUCUCUCGCCAGUGAUGUGCUGCGUGUGUUUGGUCAGCUUACAUCCGUACUGGGAAAGACACUGGUCUCGGUACAUUUGAUCGAGGUGAGUCCAGUACUUUCAAAUCUGCAGGCUGAAAAGUUGACUGGAAAAGAAAAUUUGAUAGUUGGCGAAAAUGUUGCUAUAUAUCGCCAAGGAAUCACAUCUUUGGGACUCCCAGUGUACUGGCACAGAAGUUUGGAAGAUGUGCCUAGAGAAUUCAGUGUUUUCCUUGCACAUGAAUUUUUUGAUGCCCUACCUAUUCAUAAAUUCCAGAAAACAGAUAAAGGAUGGCGAGAAGUGCUUGUUGACAUUGAUACUGAGCAGGAGGAUAAACUCCGCUUUGUUUUAGCUCCAUCUGCAACUCUGGCUUCAUCGUUUUUUUUAAAGACUGAUGAAGGAAGGAUGCACAUAGAAGUGUGCCCCGAGGCUGGGAUUUUGGUGCAGAGACUGACCAGCAGGAUUUCUGAAGAUGGAGGGGCUGCACUAAUUGCUGACUAUGGCCAUGAUGGAGAAAAAGAAGACACUUUCAGAGGCUUCAGUGGCCACAAACCCCAUGACGCGCUUAUGGCACCUGGGACUGCAGAUCUGACAGCAGACGUAGAUUUUUGUUAUUUGAGAAGAAUGACUGAAGGAAAAGUUGCUUCCUUAGGACCAGUAGCACAAUGCAAGUUUUUAGAAAACAUGGGGAUUAAUGUCAGACUACAGGUUCUAAUGAGAAACUCCACAGAUUCAGACAGGCAAGCAGAGUUAGUUCAUGGAUUUGACAUGAUGAUGAACCCCAAGAAAAUGGGAGAAAGAUUUAAGUUUUUUGCCCUGUUACCUCACAGCAGACUUGCUAAUCCAGAAAAAGGAGAGACAGACCAGAAGAGACCAAAGCCACCACCAGUGGCAGGGUUCACUGAACUAGAACUUUGAAGAAAACAAACACAAAUGGUAUGGCAUCACUCCUGAACUCCUAGUCCUCUGCACUAACCCACUGUGGUGCCUUUACUGUUGAGUACUUUAGAAUGAAAGCCUGACAUUAAUUACAAAGUACUGCUCUGAUAGUUCAACAA